GCAGCGAAAUAGUGAACAACAUUUUUGUAUUACUGAGUUGGUUACCAUGGUUAUUCAUUUGUUUGGAUUAAAUCUUAUUAAUUUGUAUACAAAUCUAGUAGGUUAUGUUUAGGAUCAAAUAGGUUUAAGUUUCCAAUUCAAAUAAUUAUUAGUUAUUAUGUUAAAAUUUAGGGCUCUCAACACAGAGUCGUCUUCGGACGAAGAUGGACCAGUUAUUAGAAAGGAGGCGCAGGAAGAGAUUGCAAUUGACUUAUACAAUGAGGCGCUUCGAUUGCAAUGCAAUAACAAUGUGGAGAAAUCAUUGGAAAACUUGAAAAAGUUAUUGGAUUAUAAUAUACCACAAUUGGAGAGCCAAGGAGGACUUCCAAAGACCAUGUCAAAUAUCAAGUAUUCAUGUCGAAUAAACAUUGCCAGUAUAUAUUUGCAACUGGGAGAUAAGGCCAAUGCAUUGGAGAACUUUCUCAUUGCUUCAGAACUUGAUGAUACUGAUGUAACACUGUGGUAUAAAAUUGGGAUGCUUGCAUUGAAGCAGAACCAUUUCAGGCAAUCCAUGUAUGCAUUCACAAAAGGGUUGGAUUGUAAUGAUUCACAUUGGCCAUGCUUGGAUCAGCUGAUUUCAGUGCUGUUUGGAAUUGGGGACACAAUUGCCUGCUUGGAAUAUAUCAGUAAAGCACUUAAUCUUGAUCCUUAUUAUGUAAAGGGUAUUGUUGUUAGGAAACGCAUUUAUGAAAAUAAUCCAGCAACCCAGGAGUACUACAUGAAGUUCAAUCCAAGCAGUUUGGAUGAGCCUGUGGUGAAUGUUGAUAUCACAGAGGAAGAGGAAAAUGCUUAUCUGGAAGAAAUAGAAAAGUUGUAUGAUAGAAUUAAUGAAGUGGAAAAGUCUUUUGGACCAAAACCAUUACCUGUGAUACCAUUACCAGUGCCAUUGGAAGAUUACACUUGGGUUGCUUUAGGGAAGACCUUGACUGGUCUUCAUAAAUACAUUACAGACAACAAUAUGAGUCAUCUCAGUAAGAUUAACAUGAAAAAGUGUAUGAGCAAUACAGGUGAAUCAAAGGAAACUGUAGCUGAUGAGGCUAAGACUGAUGUUGUUGAGGAAUUUGGGGCACAAGAAGUAGCUGAACAGAUCAUGGAAGUAUUAAUUGAUAAUGUCUUGCUGAAUAGUGCUGGCAGAUCAGAGGAAAUGGAUGACAUUGUAGAGAGGAGAAUGUCAACAACAAGUGAGAACGACGCUACUACUCCAAUACAGACAGAUGAAAAUGAAGAAAUGGAACAAGAUAUGGAUGAGCAGGAAGAUGUGGGUGGUUCAUUAAAGUCAGUUAAAAGUCGUAUACUAAGCAGGGGUAGCAAACGAAAACGGGAUUUAGUAUCUGAUUUGCAAAUAUGGGGUUGGCACAGCAAAAGGAAGGCUGGAAAGAAGGGGAAGAAUGACAGAGAUACUAGUAUAGAGAACGCACUAACGCGCAUUAUUCCUUCUCAUCUACUACCAAACGGUAUCAAUGGAAAUAAGUAUAAUCCCAUGGAAGAUUCUAUGUCCACAAUGGAUCUAUACAAUAUGCACUUAAACGAGAACAAACCAGUGGAGUUAAUCUCACCAAUCGAUUCUCCUAUAAGUACAGAUGCUUACUCGUAUUUCGGUGGAGAUGAGGAGAAAGCAGAUGUUAAAUCGUUCUGGACUCGGAAUUGGGAAAACUGCGAUGCCAUAGAUUUAAUCGAAGAAUUCGUAUACUCUUUAUCAAAUAUAUGGCAACUGAAAUGGCCAGUACAAUUGAUAUCAAUUUACAUCGACGCUUACAAUAUGUUCAGAGAUCACUGUAGCCAUCCGAACUUAUUUGGGAAUGAUAUAUGUUUUGAAAAGUUACGAAAAGAUGCCCUGACAACGAUUCUGUAUGGAGAAUUGACGACACUGAAUAGAUACGAAAAUGAUCCGGAUAAUGAGAUACAUUGCACUUCUGUGAGCCAUCUCACACUGCUGAGCGCAUGGGACGAGAAUUGGGGUUCCGAGUACGUUAAUUUUGCUAUUCGAGUGCAUUGGUUGCGUUGUCACCUCUUUAAGAAGAGGAACGAAAACGAUUUGGCCAUAACCGCGUUGCAAUUGGUGCAAGAAUUGGUCAACGGAGAGGAAAUUAACGUGAAAAGGUUUAAGCUGCACCUGCCCAAUUGUUCCAAGUUCACGGUUAUCAGUAGUUAUAUAAUAGAGACGAUUUUAAGUAAUUUGGAGUUGAUACAUUCGUUGAGUCGCCUGGAUGAGCUGUUCAAUGGACAGAUGUACGAGGAGGUGGCGAAUAUCUUGAAGACAACAUUUACCUCUUCGAGCAACAAUGUUACGUGUGGUAAAAUUGGACGACCCGCCCAAUUGGGGAUGUUGAUGCACGCUCUUUGGUUCACCAAUCUUACGGAAUGCUUCUUGUGGACGGAAGAGUGUUUGAACGAAACGUUGGGUCAUUAUCUGAAACCUACCACGUACGAGGAUAAAUGGGAAAUGGUCCUGGAAAAAUGUUUGGCCAUCAUGCAAGAGGUUAUCAAAAACGAAACGGUAGCUGUUGUUGAUGUACUACCUGACGAGAAGAGAAAUAGAUUGAUUGAAUGUCUUUCGCUUUUGUGCGCUAGGCAAGUCAACGCGGAAAACACGAAUAAAAUGCCCAUAGGGAACGUAUCCCCUUGGAUAAUUUUGCAUUACAUUCUUCUCAGAGAUGAGCACCGACAACAAGCGAAAAAAGUAGUGCAACACGUGAAAAAGGAUAAAAUUAAAAAAAGUAAAUACGCGUUGGAGGAGGAGGAAUUACCGCCAUCAAUUGCUAUUCUAUUCUCUGCCCAUGAAUUCCUCGGUCCAAAAGGGUGGUGUUUGCAGAAUCAAGGGGAAUUGUUGCAUUUUAUGCUGGAUACGAUAAUCUAUCGUUUGGACGCACCGAUCUUCGAAUUUCUACGCGAGAAGAUCGACAUACAUUUAGAGCAGGCCUUCUUCUGCCUUUAUCAGCAUCCUUGUAAGAAGAAUAAAAUAUCUAGACAUCUUGCUGACCACAACGUAAACCCAUUGCCAUUGACCUGGUCCAGAGCGCAACAGCUAUACGAGUACUUCUGUCCAGAUGAUCUUCCUGAAUUUGAUUCGUACAAGGCAAAAUCGAUUUCGGCGGAUUUGGAACAACUGCUUCAACGCUUCACAUCCAUCGUUCCAAAGGAAUACGACCCGCAGCCUCUGUACGCCAAAAUCUACGAUUACAUAUAUUCGAAAUCUGAAGAGCUGCCGAAACCCGUCGAAUUUUCGGCUAAAAUUAAGGCUAUGUACUAUUUGCUUGGCGAUUACUACUUCAAGCAGAGCGAGUGCGAACGCAGCUACAAGUAUUAUCUGCUAGACCUCUGCAUCAGUCCAGAUCGAAUCGACUCGUGGGCUGCACUAUCUCUGGGCAUUUCCAGUCAGUUGGAACUUAAAUUGAAUCACUGCGAAAGGUAUAAGACUGAAACGGAAUUCUUGGAGAAAGCCAAUAGCGCAAGGGUGUGCUUCAAAGAGGCGCUCAAAUUGAACGAUGUUCAUAUCACGCUUUGGAUUGAAUUCGGUGCAUUUGAAUAUAUGGUGCACUCUUUUUGCUCGCGUAUCCUCAAGUACGAUUCGGAAAAAUUGAGCAUGGAGAAGUUCGAGGUGCUCGAAUCGGAGAAGGAUAGCUAUUUGGAUGGAUCACGGAAAGCGUUUGAGCUAACAUUGAAUUUGUACAGCGUCGAUCAGGCAGAACCGGAUGAGCGAUGGCUGUACCACUACAUGAUUGCUAAGAUCAGCGAAAAGAAACAGGAACAUCCAAGCGUGUACCUGCAUCAUUACAACGCAGCGGCCGAAUUGCUGCAUGAAAACAAGUGCGCGUAUCCCGAAAAAAUCAAUUACAGUAGUCCACAGCGUAUGUCCGUGGAAGCACUUGAAGUGUACUACAGGAUGAACGCUUCGAUACUGAAGUACCUGGAACUACACGACGGAAAACUGAUAACCAUGGAGGUGGGAAAGCUUUUCAAGAAGUGCUUGGAAAAUACGAUGCUGCAGAAGAUUAAGACUUUGGCUGCUCAGACGAAAGAAGCGAACAAGGCGAUAAACGAGGAAGCGAACGAAGAACGGAAGAUCAUGAGCGAGGUCAAGGAGUGCAUGGAAUCUUUAUUGAAACAAGUGGAGACCUCACUGAAGGGUGAUGAAGUCGUCGUCAUUGAUUCAGAUGAAGAAAAGAAACCAGAUUACCCAAAAAUCAGAGUGAGAACAGCACAAGACAUCAUGGAUGAAAUGAUGAGGGAAACAAUGAAGAAUUCUCCUGCACCAGACAAUGAUGUGGAAUUGGUGGUCGCUGCGGAUGAUAAUGAGAAGAUGGAAGUGGAAGAUGUCAAGUCUGAGAAAUCGUCGAAGAGUGAAGAUGAAAAUAACAUUAGAAAAUCGACGACUACUGCGACGGAAGAUUCCUCUAGUUCAUCGAGUAGCUCGUCGUCAACUUCCAGUUCAGAUUCGGAGAGCGAAGAUAGCAGUUCUUCGAGUAGUUCAUCUUCGGACAAUUCCAAUGAGAAUUUAUCCGAGGCUGAAAUCCUUAGCUUAGUCGAUAAAUGCAUUCUAGGUCUCGAACAAUGCAUCCGAAGGCUACCGCAGAAUUAUAAGGCUCUAUACCGAUUGGCACACGUCUACUAUUCGUAUUCCAAGAAGAAAGAUUUAAGCAAAUCGAAGCAAUUGUUACUUAGCGAGUACAAGUGCAAGAACAGUUGUUUAGUGCCCGGAUUAUUCUCGGAGAGGAAACACAACAACUUCUUUAAUGGAAUUUGGAGAAUACCGUCGAGCGAGGUGGAUCGACCUGGAUCUCUAUCUGCCCAUAUGAGCCGAUGCGUGACUUUGCUUCUGCAAGUGUUGCAAGACACGAACGACCACAAAACGCUACUGGAAUUAUGUUUGCAAUUGAAGAAGCAGCCGGAUCUGGACAAGAUUUACAUAAGACACAGUGAGCGAUUGCAAUUGUCUGAUCAAGCUUUAGGUAUGUGCAUACAAUCCCUGCGCUCGCAAGUUAAAAAUAUAACAACGGUGUCGCCAAUCCUUGCCGACAAGCUGUUAGUGGACAUGUUCAAGGCUUUCCAGAAGAGCAAGAAUUCAUUACCGCAACACGAGAAGACGUUCUCAAGCAUCCUGGUUGAUGCAUACAAGACUCUGAUGGGAGAUAAGAUUUCCGAUUCGGCCAAUGUUUUGGAUAUGGCCAUCAAGUACUGUCAACAAAGUAAGAUCGCUGAAAAAGCGAAGCACCAGCAGCAACCAACGCAGACCACACCUAAAACACCACUAUUGGCUGUGCCUCCUACGGUGUUGCCUACGCCGACCAACGUUUCUCCGAUGGUUACGCCGAUGAAGAGACCCAAUUUGGGAAGGCCCAGAGGUCGACCACCAGGACCAGGAAAGUCUCCAAGGGGUCGUAGCCCCAUGACCACCGGGACAAAUCCAUUCUCCUGGCAAAACGCUGUUUUCAAUUCUUCCGUUGGUUUGGAUUACCUGAAACAGUAUCAAGAUGAAUUGAUCAAACAGUACAGCCAGACAAUCACCAACCAACUGAAAUCCCAAUUAGGACAAUCUAUGUUCCAUGCGGCAACUCGUAUGACCCAACCAACGGCGGCGGCGGCAGCUGCAGCCAACAUGUUGAAUCCCACCAACUUUGUUCAAACGCUACAACAGAUGAGCGGUUUGAAUGCGCUUGCCACCAAUCAACUUGCGCAAAGUUUGAGCCAGAUGAAUCCAAGCUUACUGAAUAACGUCGCCAAUUCUCAAUUGAGUGCGGCGACUAGCGCAUCCCAAUUGCCCACUCAGGAAACUUUCAGGCAGUUACUUGCCAUGAAUCAAUUGCCGAAGGCUCAGAAACAGCCAAAAGUUCCGAAGCACUCGAAAUCCAGUAAAUCAUCGACAACGGCCACUGGUUUUAAAUACCCUGCCGCCGAGUUGUUCAAAACGAAAAUGAAAGAUACAUCGAAAAUGCAAUCAUAUCAUCAACUAAUUAAGGAAGCACCGAAGGCUCAUAGCUCCAAACCGCAACUUCCAGCUGAUAGCACAAACCUGAUCAAAGAUAGACCCAAUAUUUCUAUAAUACCGGUUGCACAACCGCAAACCAUUUCACCUGUCUCUUCGAGUCCAGGAAAAACACUUCAAGAGAAACUUGCGGAUAAGCAGAAACAGCAGAAGAGUGCCGCUGCCAAAUCUCUAGAUUUUGUGCACCAAAAAGAGCAACAGAAAGCAUCAUACUCGGGGUACAAACCGAACGUUCUAUCCCAAAUACCCAAAUCUUUGGACGUUAUACCGAACUUUCUCAUGGAAUCCGGCAUAUCGAUUAGUCAAGUGCAGCAGCAAAAAACGAAAGCUGUGGAAAUAUCGCCGGUGAGGAAAGACGCCGGCAGCUCAAAAGCGCCCAACAAUCUUCCUAUAUCUUUAUCCGUUAUUAAGAAGCAACAGGAGAAACAAAAUAAGCCAUCACUGCCGCCCGGCGAUGACGAUGAUGUAAUUAUUAUUGAAUAAU